CGUUUUGUGUGCGCCUCACACUUCGGUGAGCGAGUGUGCAAAGUUUUUAGUGUAAUAACAAACUUAACAAGUUAGUUUCGAAGAAAAUAUGUUAAAGUAACCUAUUCAGUGCUAGUUAAGUAAUCACGGACUCCUAUAAGUGGGAUUGUUUCGAGGAAUAAACAUCUUCAUAAAACGCACAAUGAUAAAAAUGGAAACUGAUAAAAUAGAAGAAUCUAACAGUAAUUCACAGUUGCAGCAAUACCCGAUGACGAUCUUGCCCCCCUACGACACUGCCAGGAAAAAAGACGCCGCCUCGCCGCAACAGAUCGCCACGUUCGUGGCGGAACGCGAAGCUUGCAUCAAGUACUUCGAGCAAUGGAACGAAUCCGAUCAGGUGGAGUUCGUCGAGAACCUGCUGGCACGCAUGUGCCACUACCAGCACGGACACAUCAACUCCUAUCUCAAGCCCAUGCUGCAAAGAGACUUCAUUUCAUUACUGCCAAAAAAAGGCCUGGACCACGUGGCCGAAAACAUUUUGUCCUACCUGGACGCCGACAGCCUGAAGAACGCCGAGCUGGUGUGCAAAGAGUGGUUUAGGGUGAUAUCGGAGGGCAUGCUGUGGAAAAAGCUGAUCGAGAGGAAGGUGAGGACGGACGCCCUCUGGCGCGGCCUGGCCGAACGACGGCAGUGGAUACAGUACCUGUUCAAGCCGCGGCCGGGCGAGAACCACCGGCCGCACAGCUUCUAUCGCUCGCUCUACCCGAAGAUAAUCCGAGACAUCGACAGCAUCGAGAGCAACUGGCGCAACGGCCAUCACAUCCUGCAGAGGAUCAACUGCCGGUCGGAGAACAGCAAGGGGGUGUACUGCUUGCAGUACGACGACCAGAAGAUCGUCUCCGGACUCAGGGACAACACAAUUAAAAUAUGGGACAGGACAACGUUGCAGUGCACGCGCGUGCUGAUGGGUCACACCGGAUCGGUGCUGUGUCUGCAAUACGACGACAAAGUGAUAAUCAGCGGGUCGAGCGACUCGACGGUCCGCGUCUGGAACGUCAACACCGGCGAAAUGGUGAACACGCUCAUCCACCACUGCGAGGCGGUGCUUCAUCUGCGCUUCAACAACGGCAUGAUGGUCACCUGCUCCAAGGACCGCUCCAUAGCGGUGUGGGACAUGACCUCGCAGACGGAGAUCACGCUGCGCAGGGUGCUGGUGGGGCAUCGCGCCGCCGUCAACGUGGUCGACUUCGACGAGAAGUACAUCGUGAGCGCGAGCGGCGACCGCACGAUCAAGGUGUGGAGCACGUCGUCGUGCGAGUUCGUGCGCACGCUCAACGGCCACAAGCGCGGCAUCGCCUGUCUGCAGUACCGCGAACGCUUGGUCGUCAGCGGCAGCUCCGACAACACCAUCCGGUUGUGGGACAUAGAGUGCGGAGCGUGCCUGCGCGUGCUCGAGGGGCACGAGGAGCUGGUGCGCUGCAUCCGCUUCGACUCGAAGCGCAUCGUGUCUGGGGCCUACGACGGCAAGAUAAAGGUGUGGGACCUGCUGGCGGCGCUGGACCCGCGCGCGCCCACCGCCUCCCUCUGCCUGCGCACCUUGGUCGAGCACACGGGCCGCGUCUUCCGCCUUCAGUUCGACGAGUUCCAGAUCGUCAGCAGCUCGCACGACGACACCAUCCUCAUCUGGGACUUCCUCAACUCGGUGCCCGAGGCGCAGGGAUCGCCCUGCUCCGGCAGCCAGGGCACGCAGGGCUCGCCCUCCCGUAAGUACAACAGAUUAUGA